CCUCCUCUGCUGCCCAAUGAAGGCCAAGUUGAUCGUAGCUGAGUCGCACUGCAAUUCCAGCCCUGUGUAUCCUAUUCCACACACGAGUGGACGAAACAGGGCAGAAAGGAUCAAAGUAGAUCUGGCUCAUUCUCGAAACACAUCAUCCUUCCGAAUCCCCACAGGGGCAUGCAUGAAAACUUUUAUGAUAUGAUAUGUAUGUCAUUGUCACACCCUUUCCACCAAAUCAUAAUUAGCCUGUUCGGCUAUCGUAGGAC